AUGAAUAGAAAGAGUUUGGGUAUCAUUGGUGCUGGACCUGGUGGUCUAGCGACAGCUAGGGUGUUCUUGGCUAAUGCCAAGAAUUAUGACAUAAGUCUAUUCACAGAUGACAUGGAUAUCGGUGGUGUUUGGUACUAUCCUGAUGAUGACAAGGCUGAUCGUGUAAUGUACGAUAUUUUGGAAACAAAUAUUCCGAAGAACUUGAUGCAAUUUAGUGGGUUCCCGUUUGAAUCUGAUACGUUUAAGUAUCCGACGAGACAAGACGUUUGGAGGUAUUUGAAACGGUAUUACAUUGAGUUUAUUGACAGGCAAGCACAAGUUCAUUUCCAUACUGAAGUUGUAAAAUUGACCAAAAAUGGCGAACAUUGGGAGAUGGAAACAGUAAAUCGUCUUACGGGGCAUGCAGAGAGCCAUUUUUUCGAUAAUGUUGUAGUCGCAACGGGUCAUUUCAAGACACCCUUCAUUCCUGAAGAUGUCCCUGGUCUACAGGAAUGGUUUUCAAAUAAUGCUGCUAUGCAUUCUAAAAAUUACCAAAACUGUUUAUUUGCUGAAGGAAAAAACGUCAUAGUUGUAGGAAGUGGAAGUUCUGGUCAAGAUAUUGCGAACCAGAUUUCCUCAGUAGCAAAUACAGUUUAUAAUAGUGUCAGAACUGAAAAUGAUAAUGCUCUUUACGAUGAGGAUUCCAUUAUCCAAACGAUUCCAGCAAUACAAGAAGUCAAUUGGGAAUGUAGAAGAGUGACACUUAUCAAUGGCCAAUGUUUAAAUGACAUAGAUUUUUUAAUUUACGCCACAGGUUACGUUUUUGAUUUCAAAUUCCUAGAAGAUAAUCUACUUUCACAGUUAUUCAACACAACAUUGGAUAUUCACACGGGGAAAAAACUGUUCAAUCUCUGGAACCACCUUUUUCCUCUCUGUGAUUGUACCAUUGCAUUUUCUUUACUACUACAAAUGGUAGUACCAUUCCCUCUCGCCGAACUGCAAGCCUGUUUAAUGGUGAAAGUGUUCAAUAAGGAAAUCACAAUCCCAAAACUGGAUAAAAGUGAAAUGGAAGCAAUCAACAAGUACGAAAGCGACCAAAAUCUCCCCACAGGAACAGAUAUCGAGUACUACAAAAAACUGCAGAUUAUUCUAGACUCUGCUGCAAACAUCCGGGACGAAUUUGUGCCAGUCAAGUGGACUGCUGCUCUCAAGCAAGCUAGACUGUCGUCCGGCCAAGAAAAGCGUCAGCGAAACAAACAAUUAGGCAGAGUCGCUAGAAGAUUGCGUCUCCAGCAUGAACCAUACCAUCUAGAAUACCCAUAA